CAUGGAUGGCUGCUGUUCUGCUGUUGUGACUAUUCCAGUUAACAGUUUUUUUUUUUUUUUCUUUUGUUUUUUCUUUUUCAGGAUGUGGCGUCUCACAACAAUCUUUCAUCAUUUACACAAGGAGUUUUUGGCUCAGAUGUGGCCAGUACUUCUCCAGCUCAGCAGUCUACUGGUGCUGCAGAUGACGCGUUGCAGGGAGCAGGCUGGAAAGCGGCUUCCUCUGUCUCCAACGCUGGGCUGCAGUCUGUUAUGAUGCCGUGGUCCUCAUCUGACUACAGCCAGCAGGACUCCACUGCUCAGACUCUGGCCUACCCCGCUGCCCCUGCCCUCACUGCUGAUGUAUACAUGCAGACUCUGUGCCCCAGCUAUACCAUGCUGACCUACACACACACGCCACUGCUCACUAACUUUGGGACCAUACCAGUGGCUCAAGCAUCAACGUCUCUUCCUCAGAUGGAGCUCCCUGACACAGGGCUGGCUUACCCCUUAUGGGCACAGCCUCUCACCGCCAUAUCUGCCAUGCCCAAUCCAGGAGUCCAGUUUGCCCCAGGUUCUGCAGCUCUGCCUGGAUCCCCUUUGGUCCAUAUGCCUUUACCCAUGUCUUUGACCACCAUGAUCCCUCAGCCAGAGACCCAGGAGGUGGAUCCUCACCCUCAGAUUUUGGACAUCCCAGAGCACUCACAGCAUGAUCUGGACCAAGAACCCCAAGAUCACUCUCUGCAUGAGGAUCCUGAAGUGGAACCAGAAUCCCCUAACUUGCUGGAUAAGCUUCUGGAGGAUCAGAAGGAGCAUACUGAAGAAGGAGACAAAGAUUCGUACUCCAGCUCUCUGUUCUUGCCUAAUGUCUAAAGAUACAACUGUUCAAUCCUGUGAAACCAAAAUUAUGUCAUUUUUUUUUUAUUUCCAUAUUUGGUCAAGUGAUAAAUGAGUUUUUGCAUCCUAUUAAUAUUUGCAACAGUAAAAAUAGCAUAUGUCAAAAUAGUUUAUUGUUAAUUGCUGUAGUUGUGGCUGUUUUUAACAAGAUCAUGUCAAACAUUGAAACAUCCCACAAUU